AUGGAAAGCAACCCUGGGCCAAUCGUCAGUCCAUUCUUCGUCUCCUCCAUAUCCUUGCCGGCCACAACUAUGAAUCACCAGGUGUCCUUCUACAUGCAAGAUCACACGGCGACCUUUGCCAGACAGAUGUUUGGCAGCGCAGGUGCCGCCGCACUCUGGAGCCGCAUCCUUCGGGAGGACAUUGUCAACCACAGAGUGCAAGCAUUGGUCAGAGUCACCCGUCCUCACGAGAUCGCCCACAGUAGCGUCAAGAUACGCAUCGACGGAUGCCCUCCUCCGCCUUGCGCCACACAAGACGGGUAUGCCUGGAUCAUGGACUACGCCUGCGACUGUAUCGGAAACCAAGCCGAGCGCAUCGUGCGGCAAAAGCUCUACAUUAUUUUCGCGCACGGUAACAAACCAACCGGUGAAAAUCACGCAAUGUACAAGGGGUUACCCGCCCCUUUCUUCUUCUUGCGCAAAGGAGAUCCGUACGGUUGGACUGUCGGGAUAUCGCUACAAGACGUCUAUGAUGGCAAGGCUCUUACCGUCUUGGCCGAUUUGGAGAAACCAUAUGCGCAGGGAGUAUUUCUGGACGGCGAUGGUCGUAACGCGACGGCGAUCUUUCCGGUGUGUGAAAGCCUUUUGCUUCGAGUGGCCAAGGCCGUGAACACUGACCAGGAAUAA